AAUCAAGUGCGGAAUCGCGUAGACUUCCUGCACAAAGGUAAAUUUAGUGUGUGGCUGCCUCCACUGUACCUCGUGCUCGACAAGUCCCGCUUCAAAAACCCUCGCAAUGGUGCCGCUGCAUCCCCUCCCUCUCCAACCAUGUCCUUCCAAACUCUGUCGCCGCCCUCAUAUCCUCUGCUACCUGAGCCGUCCGACCUGCUGCGUCCGCCGAGAGCGUGCGGCUGCCAGUGCCUCGCACGCUGUCGCUGUGCCUGCUCUUGCUACGCGCACUGCCUGUGUCAGGCCACGUGCACAGGCGGCUGCGCCCUUGCAAGGAACCUGGUGGUGUUUCUGGACGAAGCGGGGAGGCAGCCAGGAUGAAUGCAGACUAGCUUCGGCAAUCAAGCAGCAAGCCUGUGGUCAAGGCAUACCAAUGGCUCUGCCAACAUUAUCAACCCGGCGAUCGACUGUUUCUCUUGGGAGGGUGUCACGCGGAGGUCUUGGCGGCUAUGAUCGACAAGCUCGGUCUAGUUUAUGCAAGCAAUCCAGGAUCGAUCGCUUCGUGAAUCUCUCCCUUUUCUCGUUCUUGAUCGCUUCUGAACGUCUCAUUCCUAGAGCAUAUCACGUGUUCAAGUCUGCUCUCAGAGGAGACGACACCGAGGCAGCCCAAUUCAAAGCGAGCCACUGUCAAGCCGUAAAGGUCCAUUUCGUCGGGGUCUGGGACCCCGACUAUGACUGUUCACCCCUUGCAGCUGGAAGCGCGUUCAACAUCAAUUCCUGCGUCGUCCGUCGUGCACUCAUCCUCAGCACGGGGCAAGGCUUCACAGAUACUAGCCUCAGUGACACGACGUCGCGGUCUGCCAAUGGCACAAACGUCCCGGACGUCGUGGAGCCGCACAGUGCAGAGUCGAGCCUGCGCAUGCCAUCAUCCUGUGGCUGGAUGAGCUACGUGCGACGGGCUCUGCUGAUCCGCUUCUGGCCACGGCUCUCGCGGAGACGGCGCCGUCGGUGCCCGGAGACCCAUCAGCCCCAACCCGAAACCGAUCUGGCCAUGAGGAACGACGCGAAAGAGGUGUGGUUCGCGGGGGAUGCUGACGGCGGCGACGACAUGUUUGACUUGCGCUGCGCUCCUGUGAUGUGGAUGCAAGUGCAGGCUGUUUCGGCCGGAUUGAUUUUGAGCGACGCGAGGAGCACCAUGUCCUUGACGCCUACUUCGAAAUCCGGUCGGUCUGUCCCGAGAAUUCGACGAUUGCCCAAAAAUCUCAAUCAGCCUCCGCAACAAAUCUCUCCCAACCAGCUCCUACAUAUAUCGGUGGCGCUGCAGCCUGCGUCCUAUCGUCCCUCUGGCUCGUUUGAUUCGUUUUGGGCUACCCAUUGGCAGGACUUCGUGGGCCGGAAUGUCACAGACAUCGAUGCAGCAUGGCUGUCCCCAUAUCAAGCCAAAGUAGAUUUCGAGGUGUUCAGUCCUUCCGAGGUCAAGGACGUUAUACGAACGCUCGUGGCGAAAGACGAAUUCACUCCAGACGACGAUCUGUUUCGGCGAUUGACGCUGAUGGCGCUGUCUGGGGAUCUCGCCGAGUCGUAUCUCAGCGCGCCCUGUCUCAGCUGGGUGGAGAUGGAAGAGAUCGUGGCGUUUCUCAAGCGGCUGGCGGCUCGCUAUCCAGAAUUGUUCCGCUCGCAGCUCGCGUCUUUUCUGGAAUGCCAGGGCCGUCAUUCUUCAUGCACGACAAGUCGGGCAGAGAGGCUGUUCGAGGACGCGCUCGAACUACGGCGCCGCGCGACUGAAACUGAGUUUGCGCGAUACCAGUUGGCGCAUUCUCUCAUCCGCUUCGGCUCGCACGCGCUCUCCGUGGGCAAAUCCCAGAAAGCCGUCUACUUCUUCGACGAAGCCACAGACAUCCUCAAGUCGGCCUUUUCCGGUCUCGCAGUGGGAUCCGAGGGCGCUACGGCCGCAUGCCGGGCGACGUUCUCGCUCUUCCAGCUCAUGCAGCAGAAUUUCGCGCGCUGUGUGCGCGAUCUGGGACAGGACACGUCGGUGCUGAGGCUCUCCGAGCGCAUCAUCCGGCUGGCGCACGCACUCAGGGAGGCGGGCUGGGGCUGGCCGAGCGACGCGGUGCUCGCGGGCGCGCGGCACGACUUUGCGUUCGGUCUGUCGCGCGGGCCUGCCUCGGCGGCGCGCGAGCUCUGGGCGGCGGAGGAGGCGGUGGACAACUUCCGUGUGCUUGCGCGGCGGCGCCCGGCGUGGUUCGUCGUGAGGUUCGAGACGGCGUUGUAUAAUUUCUCGGUCCGGCUGCUCCAGGCGGGGCAGUACGAGGAGGCGCUGCGGAUCUCGCUGGAGGAGUCGAGCUUUCUGGGAAACGAGUGCAAUGACACGUUGGUCGGCGAGCGUUCCGAUGACGCGCUCGCGAGAUCCUGGACUCAGGAAGCGAGGUGUUACGUGGCAGCUGGCAAUCUGGUGGAAGGGAUUGCCUCUGCGAAGAAAGCCGUGGCUGCUCGUCGCGCCUCUCCGGGUUCUGAUCCGUCAUGCCUAGUGGAAGCGCUACACGUCCUGUCCAUCGGCCUCUGGCUUCUCCCUGGCUGCUCGGCCGAAGCACUGGGGGUUUGCCGCGAGGCGUUGGAUCUCCAGCGGCAGUCGAGCGAAAGUCGAGCAUCGCUGUCGUAUCGUCGGAUUCUCGCUGUUCUAUUGCACAACUUCGCGAAGUGUUUGUUGGAGGAGGGACAACAUGACGAUGCUUUGGAGGCAGCGAAGGAGGUGUUGCAGCUGACGUCCAAAUUCGGCGGGUCGAACGAAAGCGACGUCGCGUUUGCGAUGAGCUUUGCCGCGCGGUGCACGACGAUGUCAGGAAAAUCGAGCUCCGGGAAUGAGAUGGCCGAAAAAUGCCUGACCCUGGCGUAUGAAAUCGCCGUCGCAGAGUACCCGUCGCGGAUCGAUCUGCUGCCCAUCGAGAUACAGCUCGCCGAGACGCUCUUCUCCGCGUCGUUCUCGAUCAAGGACGUCACGAAGUCGAUCCAGGCGGCCGGCGACGCGGCGGCGAUCUACGGCAAGAUCGUGGACAGCCACAGCGCGCUGUCGCUGAGAGUCGCGCUGGUGAGAACGUGGCUGCGGCUGGGCGCUGUGCUUGCCUCCGAGGAGCGGUACGACGAGGCGCUGGCCGUCUCGGUCGAGGCUGUCGACACAGCGCGCGAACUGGGCCAGGCGCAGAGUGCGUGGCUGCCCAGUGCGCUCUAUGGGCUCGCCAUCUGUCUCGCCGGCGUGGGGGACUUUGACAAAGGCGAGGCCAGUGCGCGGGAAUGCCUGGAUAUGCGCAGGGCACAGAUAGCAGACACGGGCAUAGACCAGCCCAAUUCAAGCGCAAGCUCGCCAAAGAUCAGGAAAAACUACGCGGACGCGCUGCUGCUCGUGUCGUCUUUUCCUACUCAGACACCGGGCACGAAUCUGCAGUACAUCCGGGAGGCCAUCCUCAUCUAUCGCGCGCUUUUAUCGGAGUCGAAGCCCGGGGCCGUCCAGCACGCAAGCUUGUCGCACCGGCUGAUGGACGCGCUGCAGAAUCUGGCGGUGAAGGCGUUGGUGGCCGGGAGCCGCGAGGAGGCGCUCGAGGCUUCAGAAGAGGCUGUGGCCAUCGCAACGGAUAUGCGUUCCGAGCAGGUACUGGUGAAUGUGCUCUACAUGCACGCCAAUGCUCUCUGCGAGCACGGCAGAUUCGGAGAGGCCGCGGAGGCCGUCGAGGAAGCUGAUGGCAUCUUCGCGCCGAGUGAGAGAGGCGAAGCUGGGGCGGUCUUCAAGAGCAUCCGCGCGAGAUACCUUAUCGGCGUUAAUCGGCUGGCGGAUGGACUUGUCCAGAUCUUGGAGGGUCUGGAUCUCUAUAAAGGGGCGUUCGACUCGGACCUGACCCUCCUCGAGCUCGAGUCCUUCAUCUGGUUUCUCUUCAACAUAUGUACCUCGAUUAGAGACGUGAGUGAUGCGGACAUAGACCUCUCCGAACUCGCCGACGAGGUUCUGGAUCUGGUGCGCUGCAUCAACUUGGUCCAGUCUGCAUCGGCGAGAUCGCGCUUCGAAACGUGUCUGAAGAGCGUAUCGCAGUGGCGAUCCAGUUUCAGCUGGCCACGAACAAUGAAGGAGUCUGUCACUCGAUGUCUUUCAUCUGGCCGUAGCUCUCUGCAGAUUGAGACUAUCGCGAUGGAAUCAGAGUACCAAGGAAUCCCAGAACCCGAGAACGAGGGACCCAUGCCUCACCCCAUCCUGCACGAGCCUCUUCUUUACAUCUCUAACCUCCCCUCAUCCGUCUCUGACGAAAACAUCGCUAUGGCCUUCGCUACCUGUGGUCCCUUCCGCCCCAAAAUACCCCGUGGAGGAGGCGAGGGCCCUGUGAACGGCACAAUUGAAUUCAAGCUGCUGGAAAAGGCGGAGAAGGCGCUUGCUACGCUGCAGUCGAAAGCACUCCCGGGCCUCAUGCCGCCAGUGCCGCUAGUCCUGUCGCCGUAUCCUCCCACGACUCCUCCGACGCCCCUGCCGCCGCCAUCCGCGCUUCCGCGACUCGUCAAGCACCUCCCCGCGGGGUUCACCGACUCCGAGCUGUACGACAUCUUCCGUCCCUUUGGCGCCAUUGCGUCCGCGCGCACGCAGACGCACUUUGGGCAGGACACGGGCAUGAUCGAGUUCUGGAACGAGGAGGAGGCCAAGCAGGCGGAGGACGCGAUGCACUUUGCGGAUGUGCAGGGCCACAAUAUCUCCGUCCAGCUGUACCAACCGCGUCGCACGAGCGGCGCCAUGUCUGAAUUCAACGCGAGCGCGCCGUCAUUUGUGCCGUCUUUCGGAUACGUGCCCCACUCGCCGCCUGCUCAAUAUUCGCCUCCGCGCGGCAGCCCAUACCGACAGCCGAUCUCCAUGCAACCUGGAUCGCCUUUCAUUCACGGGCCUGGUCAACAGGUGCAGCUUGCGCCCGUUGCCGGCCCUGGAUCGGGCAGCCAGAGCGGACUUAUAGAUCCAUGCAAUCUCUUCUGCAAGGUGCCCACUAAUCUGUCAUUCUCCGUUGUUCUGGCGCACUCACGUUGUGCAAAGAACUUAGACCCCGACAUCGAUUCGAACGGCCUCUUUACUCACUUCCGCAAUUUCGGCCAGAUCGUUAGGUGCGGUGGAAGCCUCCGCGUGACGGAUCAACAUACCGACAUUCUUUUUCCAGUGCACGUGUCAUGCGGAACGAAAGUGGAGAGAGUCGCGGCUUCGGCUUCGUGUCGUACCAGACACCGGAACAAGGCACCUUCGAACGCCAUGCAACAGAUGAACGGAGUCCUUCUCGGGACGAAGCAGAUUGUGGUCCGCCUGCACGAGCCGAAGCAGCUGAGGCAGGAGAAGCUGGCCCAGCGCUUCAGUGGCCAUAAUGGCCAUCCUAGAAACUCGAGUGGAGCUACUAGCCCUACUGCCAGCGAGGGUGGUGAGAGCAUCGCUGGGUGGAGCCCGCGGCACCCGUCUGCUAAUCUGGGCUCCCCUGUGCACGGUGCUCAUCACGAGCGGGUAGAUCGGGGCCGCCGAGGCUCGGGAAGCUACUAUAAUGCUGCUCUUUCUGGAACCCUCAAUCUCCCCAUGCGUUACGAAGAUUUGUACGCGCUAUCGCCUGUUGUGCGGCAGGAAGUCCUCACCGGCGAGCUGAGCCGGCGCGUGAAAGCAGCCGGAAUUGUGUCGGAGAACGAUAUUGAUGCUGUCGUCAAAGCUCUGACGUCCAUCUCGUUGGCCGAUGUCGUGACCUACCUGGACGACCCUGCGAAGCUCACUCGUCAGAUCGAGGUGAUCCAGCGAUCGCUGCAUCCUGUGGCGCCUUCGAGCAAGUCCCCAUCGCCUUCGGCGUCGCAAGAUUCGAGGCUUCUGGACGUGAAUGCGCUGAACGCGACGGCCAGUGCCCCGGAACAUCCCUCGACUCCCAUCUCUGUCAACGCUUCGCUCUCGACUCCCCCGCGGACGUCAUCACCCUCCGGCUCUGUGCCACCCGCUUCCGAACGAGAGCGAAUUCUGGCUGCCGUGAGCAAGCUCGAGUCGACGCGCCAAAGCGAGUUGACGGAUCUGCUGAUGAGCCUGCCCAAACGCGAGCGGGCGAUGUGUCUCUUCAACGCGGAGAUCCUGCGCGCCAAGUUGGUCGACGCGAAAAUGGUGCUCGAUGUGUCGGACGACGAGGCCGAGACUCCAGCUGAGACCGUGCAACCCGUCCCGGUCACACCCCAGGCGAAACGGAUCGCUGUGCCUCCAGCAGGCUCGCCCCAGACGCCGGAUCUGUCGUCCCGUGGCCCAAGUGCCAAUGCAUCUCCGGCGCCCGCUACACCCGGUGCGCCGACGCAUACCAUCGCUUCCUUGGCCAAGUUGCCGGCUGUCGAAAUCAUACGGCUCGUAAAAUCGACCACGUCGUCUGGCUUGCCGCUUCCCAAGGCCGAUCCGCUGGUCAUGCAGGCCACGGACGAGUUUAUCGAUGGAUUGAUGGACAAGCCACCCGCGACGCAGAAACAGCAGCUGGGUGAUAAACUUUUCAAAACUGUCAAGUCGUUUGGCAUCAAACAAGCGCCCAAAGUCACCAUCGCCCUGCUUGACCAGGAAGAUCUCCGCGCCCUUGCGCAUCUAAUGAACAGCUAUCCUGCAGUGCUGAAAGACAAAGCUUCGUCUGUUCUUCCCGGCAAGUAAAACGCCGUGCUGUGCAUCCCAUACAUAUACUCUAGCCAACCGCUGCUGUUACCUCUCCACCGUCCUUUCACCUGCUUUCCCAUUUGCAUUUACGACCUUUCACGACCUAUUCUAUUGCUUUUAUCUCCUACAUUCAUUUCUAUUCCCCGGAUGACUCGUAUUCUAGGCAGGAGGGCAAUGCUAAUCGGAGUGUUGGCGAGUGUGUAUAUAUAUACAAGAUAAGUACAGACACGGACUACUACUGGAACGGCAAUCUUAUCCGUGUUAAUACUGCAGACCACUCGUUUUUGCAGCUUGACUGCGGCUGAUUCAUGCACGCGUAGGGAGAGACGUGUCCGCGAGGGUCGUGCCUGCGAGGGGCGAUCGCGACCUCCCAGCGCUUCAUCAGAGGAGUCAGGGAUAAUGUUAACGAGGGCGCCAGUGGUACACGGAAAGCAGGCGAUCCCCCACACUAAUGCAUCCUUCACUCAGUCGUGAAAUUAGCGAUGCAAAGGGUUUAGAAGAACGAAUGCUUUUCGAAAUGCUACUUGUUUAGGGUUAACAAGACCUGGCAUUUCGAAUGAGACCGUCACAACCAUCGUAUACCUCUGAGACCCCCACGCGCCAAGCAAGGAGCGUGUGAUGGUUCGACAGGCGUUCGCACAAAGACGGUGACCUGCUUUGAGAGUGUCCGGAGAUAACGGGCGGGCCCGCGUCUCGAGUCUCGACCCUCCGUUGCGCUCUGGUUUCGAGUCCCGACGUUCAAGAAAUGCCAAAUGAGUGAUGGGGUUCACCUUUCUUGCGGGAAGCUCCAGGGUGCCGCGGCCGCAUUUCGGGAGUAACAUUUGCGGACCUUGGGCUUCCUAUCAAGUGUGGUUCCCACCUCUCAAUAGGAUUGCUGUUUAUUUGUCGUGGCUGGCACCCUCAGUGACCGCAAGUAAAGGCGUGGCUAUGAGCGUGGGCGCGACUAGAAGCAUGCACGUGCCAAAAUCAGGCCCUGAUGACAUUGACCGGUUUUCGUGAUCGUCGAUCAAUCAUCCAGCUAGGUCCAACUUCUGUCAUCCCUGCCUAAUAUUUUUGGCGUCUCAUGCAGCUACGCCGGCGUCCGCGUUCUUCGUCUCAUGUGAUCACAUAGGGGACUGAGCUGUCUCAACGAGAUUCGUGAUGCCGCCUGUAGGGAUCCCUUGUUCUCGAGCAUCACAUCAGCAUCCUUGCGCUUGGUUCCGGGGCCAAGAGAUCUUUUUCGCGCCGCAUAUCAAGCCCAGAGGAGAUGGUGGGUACAGGAUGAACUCUUUGAGCCCCCGCUCAUCCUCCCACUCGAACAGACCAGAGCUCAGGAGGGCGAGACACGAUCUCCCAAUUUAGCUUGCCUUAUCCAGAUGCCUCGGCCUCCUGAGGGUAGCUGGGAUCGUUGUAUCGAAUUUGCGAUCGGUCCUGCCAUCACGCCUGCAAAAUUCCUUGGUGAUGUCUUCUGUCGGCUGUCUGAACGAAUAUAAAAGCAAUUUGGUGCUGUGGCGACACUUGGCCUCCGCCUUUUAUUUACCCAAGUCACUCUCUGAGAUCAUCUCAGCCCGUACAUUCUUUCCACCCCACUCUCGCUACCCCGCCUUGCCCCAAAAUGCAGAUCCGUCUCCUUGCCCUCUUCGCAUUCGUGGCGGUUGUCGCCGCACACAACGGUGGUGACGAUCGCGAGCACUCCAACCACCCAGAGUACCAGGGCCACUCCAGCCACGAGGAGCACUCGGGCCACCCCCAGUACCAGAGCCCCCCCAGCCAUGAGGAGCACUCCAGCCAUGAGGAGCACGAGGGGCACCCGGAGGGAGGCCACCCGACCCAGCCCCAGCCGCCCCAGCCAUCGUCGCCGAGCAACACUGGAUACCACUGCCCGGACACCAACAAGCAGGCGCACGGCAAGGUUGCUGAGCUCUGCGAUGCCCCGCCGCACAGCGGCCAGUCCUUCGGAUGCACUUAUCUCACCGGCAAGGGCACGGGAACCCAUGCCUGCACAUACAACUCGCGCACGGGCGAGUGCAACGGCGGCACCAACCGCGAGCACUGCCCCGACUCGGCCAUUCAGCACUUUGGCCACAAGCGCCGCGGGUCCCAUGCCCGGUAAGGGACAUAGACCCGGACCGCACUCGCCUCCCGGAUGAUCGUCUUUUAUGGAUUGUGUUUUAUUGGCUAGUCUCCGGUUAUCCUGCCCUUAUAUGUUUAGAUUCAUGGACCAUUGCUCGAUACUAUUACUCCCCCUGACUGUCCCGAUAUUGCUCCUCAUCUCCCCGUUCCCUGCUCACGCACGCCUUGGUUUUACGGACCUUUUCUGACUCACACUCGCCCUGGUAAUCAGUAGACUUUUAUUGUAGUACGGCAUCUGCCUGUUCUAUCGUCGUGUCUGGGGCGUACUUCCACAUUGUCAAGCAUCCAUCACCAUGUCGGUUUCGACACACACAUGGCUUGUGUUAUGCGAUUUCAAUUUGCCAGAAUGCAUGAGAUAAGGGAAUGGAAAAGAUGCCUAAAGCUUUGAAAUCACGCAAAAAACAAACUCUUCUCGUGCAAACCCUUGCCUACGUAACGAGGCAUCGGAUUCGACUCUAGGUAGGUUCGUAGACGAGCUCAGAGGUGAGUCUGAAACGGUGAUUUUCCGCUUGAGACAGCUGUCCGAAAGAUUAGCAUUUUGAUCACUUUUCGAGCCUGAUGGCGAUUUGAUAAUACGAUCUUCCUUGACCAUUACCUCACCGGUCGCCCACAUACGGACUCUUGUCCCGUCGUUCGACCAUCCCAUCGUCUGAUGCAUUCUGAAUGGCUGAAGGCUCCGUGACCCCAAUAAUGUCGGCAACCCGAUCUGUGUCAAUAGCCCAGCAAGCGGACCUCGUGUUCUCCCUAAUUGAGGCUGAAGUCGAACGGGCUGAGAAACCUCUUCUCGAAACCCUCGAUGCCCUAGCACAGAAACUAGACGCCCAAAAAGCCGCCUUGUCCGCGAAAGAAGAACGUACGCUGGCGGUCACGGCGGAACUAGCUGCGAUCGAGUCUCUGUUGCGAACACACGACCUGGCCGUGCAGGUGAACGAACACGGACCCACGCUAUCUUUUGUCGGAGACACAGCCGGUGUGCUCUCUCGCAUCGAAAGAGAGGCGCGGAAACUUGCUCCCGAUUCUGGCACUUACCGAGCCAUCUCUCCCCUUACCAUUGUUCCCUCACUCGUCGCGCUCAUCGCAGAUUGCGCGCGCCGAGUGGCGGCGGCACAAGACGCGGCCUCUAAAUCCAAAAACCAUGUCACUGCACUCCAGGAAGAAUCGAGGGAACGUUACGAUGCACUCGUCCAGCUCACGGUCGUUCUCGCGUCCCUCCGGAAGGAUGCCACAAUGAAAGAUCAAGCCCUCGCACAUAUGUGCGAACAGACGGCCGGCUGGAAGGCGAGAGUAUCUGAACUGGAACAACGCAAUGUCGAAACGGAAAGGCUCGUGACGGAGACGGCACGGCAAUUGGGCGAGCUUCGGAGUGAUUCUUCGGCUGCAUGGAAGACCCAACGCGCAAAGUUCGAGAAGGAUCUGGCUGCGGAGCGCUCUCUCGUGCAGCAGCUGCAGAGGUCAGUGGCCGCUGCACCAGAAAAAAUGAGGGCCCUGGAGAUUAGUGUCAAGGAUUGGGAACUCAAGCACGAAUUGCAGCUGAGCAACUUGGCGGCUCUUCGGCAUGAAUUUGCGAGCGAACGCAGACGGUUGGAAGCAGAGACGCAGGCGUGGAGGGAAAAGUAUACGGAGGCCGAAAACAAUCGCAACGGAAUCGAAGUCCGGCUGCAGGCAGAGUACGAGAGAAAAUGCGUCUCACUGGUGACCGACCACAGCGCUUCCCUUGCUGCUGUCCAGUCUUUGGCCGAUCAGGCGAAGGUCGAAUCAGAAGCUGCGCAUCUCGAGUGCGGCAUACUCCAUGGGGCCGUUCAGCAGGCAGAAAAGAGGGCUUCACAAGUAGAACAGGAACGGGAUCGUAUCCAGUCAGGUCUGGCCAGAUUUCAUUCGUCAAUGGCCAAGAUGAGGCAAGAGAGCGAGAAGUGGGAGGCUGAAUGCACACGAGCGAAAACUCAGAAUGAGCGCGACUCUGCGCUCAUCGCCGAAAAAGCUUCGCAAAUUCGACGUCUGCAAGAUACGCUUCGUGGUCGAGUAGCAGAAUUGGCGAUGUUGCGGCUCGAACCGGAUGGGUCGCGCGAGACUAGGCAGACGCAGAACCGACGUGUCGAAAUCGAGCCACAACCUCUCAAGAGUAAGCCAGAUCAGCAGCGUGAGGCAGCCGUCCCCGUAGAGCCCCCGAUGAAUAUAGUCUUGACCAAACUUCGACCUUCCAGGACAACAUCGUCGUUCGAGAGCUCGUCGGCCACUGGCCCAAAUAGUCCCAUUUUUGCUACUGCUGCGUCCACCCGCAGCGCAACAGUCGUGCGAGGAAUCAGCAGUGGAACCCCAAUCCGGCGGCCAGGUCCUGGUCCUAGCUCGCAGUCUAAGCCUAAGGAUAUAGCCGACAGUGCUCUUCCUUUGAAGCCUUCUUCGGCGCGCAGUAGGACUCGCAGUGGGCCAAGCUUAUCUUCGUCCACCGCUUCCAUCAGGACAUCCACAUCCAAUCCCGACUCGGCGCUCUCAGGUCCUUCCGAGCCACGGCUUGCAUCAUCAACUCAAUUCAAUGCGUCAACCCCCCAUCGUCCACUGGGUACGCUUUUGUCCAGAUCCGACCGGAUUGUGUUUCUGAUCUCAAUCCAAGCCAUUCAAACGAUCCCGCUUAAAAGGCCAGCCCCAUCCCCGCUUGUAUCUGAAAGAAACAAAGCACUGCGAACGGUUGCUCCCACAUGGAAGCGUAAACCGUCGGUAAAGAUGAUGAGGGAUCCACCAUCAUCACAGCCCAAGUUAUGACUCCUAUGUAUAGCCUUGUGUUAUGUAUCUACUAUCCAUUUCCUACAUUUUGGUACUUCUGUAAAGCCUAGAGGGACUUGCUUGUGUACAACAUUUUCGUAUGUAUGCGUAUCUUGAUGUUACAAUCUCGCUGAUGCUUCAAGCGACAACGUAUGUAUGUACUCCAAUUGUCGACAUCAUAGAAGGAGAUCGUGAGCGUCAUUGAGUUCAAGUCUUGUUAAAGUGCCUCCAUGAUCGUCUGCCCCUCUCGUCUUCCCACCAUCCUCCAGCCACAUCUGGAGCUAUCUCGCCAGCAUCUACCCAGUAGUCCACGUGCUCAGAGGGUCAACAUUCACGAACUCGCUACUCCACGCGCGUACCACUUCUCCCACCCAUCGACAUGGACGAAGUCAUCCCUGGGCUCUGGGUGGGGGAUAUCACGAGCGCGAAGGACACGGCCGGGCUCAAGAGCAACAACAUAUUCAGCAUCCUUUCUGCUAUGCGUGGACGGGUCACCAUAAACGAGGUCAGUCCCUUGCGUCUAUCUCCAAAUCCAAGUUUUGGCACGACGAUUGCGUCCCAGACCUUCAUCCGGCAUCAGAUCCUACUGGACGACACAGACGACACCGAUGUCCUGGUGCAUUUUAUCCCGGCGAUCACCUUCAUACAAAGCGAGCUGGACAAGGGGCGAGGGGUGCUGGUGCACUGUCAUGCAGGAAUGAGUCGGAGCGUCACGAUCGUGGCGGCGUAUCUCAUGUACACGCAGAAUAUCGAUGUGGAGAGGGCGUUGGACACGAUCCGCGCGGCGCGUCCGAACAUCGACCCCAAUCCAGGGUUCUUAUUGCAGCUGGAGAUUUUUCACAAGGCCGCAUUCAAGAUCUCGCGACGCGACAAGACGACGCGGAUGUUCUACAUGGAGCGCGCCGUGGAAGAAGUGAUGAAUGGCGAUGGGAGUCUUCCAGAGACGACGAUGUUCGCGAAGUACCCACGAACACCGACGGACUCAGCGCCGUCGACGCCGGGGGGACCACGGAGGCGGAUCCGGUGCAAAAUGUGCCGCCAGGAGCUCGCGACGCGGGAGCAUAUGUUAGAUCACGGACAGCUCGGUGCACCGACACCUGCUUCCGGGACGCCCGUAGCAUCGCGAGCCCCGUCUAUGAGCUCCGCGACGCGUCCGAGGCUGGGAUCCACGGGCGCUUUCACCAGUGCUCGACCGCGAAGACCGUCUGGGCUGGGAGAGCUCUCAAUGUCUGCGCUCGAAAUUGAGGAGGAGGAGGACGGCGAGGGCGGAGAUGUCGUCUCUCGUCGACCCCCCAUACGACGGCCGAUCAUCCACGGCGAUCUGUCGAUGUCGAUGAUGUCAGCCCUAGAUACCGAGGACGACGAUCAAGACCAGCACCCGAUCCCGAGUACCCAGGCUUUUCAAGCUGCGACGCUCUUGGGUCGUAGACUAUCAGAUGCGGUGCUGGCAUCUCCAGCGGCCGAUCCUAGCUCGCCGCCCGAGAAUCCGUCCCCCACUACCCACUUCUCAAGCGCCGAGGACAUGGUCGCGCAGCUCAAUGCUCACCCGAAGCUGGCUGCCUUGCGAAACCCGGCAAUGACACCUCUGACGCCGCUGCAGACCCCAGGUACCGGAUCGUCCACUACUCCAUCGCGUCCGCUCCCGAUCAGUGCACCGAUCUUGGUGAACCCCAAGUGCUCGGGGUAUUUUGUGGAGCCUAUGAAGUGGAUGGAGCCGUUCCUGGAAGACGGACAGAUUGCGGGGAAGAUUAUGUGUCCCAACAAGAAAUGCAGUGCCAAACUGGGGAAUUACGACUGGGCAGGGAUGUGUUGUGGGUGCAAGGAAUGGGUCACUCCUGGGUUUUGUAUCAAUCGGUCUAAGGUGGACGAAGUGGUUUGAAUCAAGGCAUGUAUCAUAUAGGGUUCACUGCUACUUAUGUGAAUUAGGACAAUCGCAUACUACUGUUUGUUCGGUGGCUGAAGGUGCCACACACGAGCCUAUAACAUACAGUGCAUGACUUCGAGCACGACAGUCGAUGGUUGACCCUUGGGAGAACGGGUACCAAGAUGAGAUGAUGACUUUGAAUAAUUUGCCCGCGGCAGGAUCUCUC